AUGGCAACCCCGAAGCAGGUGUCGAAGAAGGCGUCCAAGAAGCGCAGCGGCGGGCGCUCUGCGAAGGCCGGCCUGAUCUUCCCCGUGGGCCGCGUCGGCUCGCUGCUGCGCCGUGGCCAGUACGCCCGCCGUGUCGGUGCGUCGGGCGCCGUGUACAUGGCGGCGGUGCUGGAGUACCUGACAGCUGAGCUGCUGGAGCUCUCCGUGAAGGCGGCGAGCCAGCAGGCCAAGAGGCCCAAGCGCCUGACACCCCGCACGGUGACGCUCGCUGUGCGCCACGACGACGACCUCGGCACCCUGCUGCGGAACGUGACCCUGUCGCGCGGUGGCGUGAUGCCGAGUCUGAACAAGGCGCUGGCGAAGAAGCACAAGAGCAGCAAGAAGGCGCGGGCGACGCCCAGCGCUUAG